UAUAUUCAUUUAGGAGGAACUAUAUUUUUGGUUAUUUUUUAAAAUGAAACAUUUAGUAUCUGGUGAUAUGCUUGAGUUUUUGGAGGAUCGUAUUUAUCUUAUGACUUUGGAUGAAAAGCCUAGUGGCGAAAUUCUUUCUCAAUUUCAUUUUUUUACAAUCGAUGAUUCCCUUAUUUACAACCCAUUUCAUCAUGAUUUUGGACCACUUAAUAUUGCACACCUUUAUCGUUUUGCAUUAACAAUGCAUGAGAUGCUUUCUAAUCCUGUAAUUCGAGAAAAACCAUUUAUUUUGUAUUCAAAAAAUGAUAAUCGGAAUAGAACACGUGCUGCGUGUCUUAUUGCAUGUUAUAUGGUACUUGUCCAAAAUUGGCCACCGCAUCUAGCUUUAGCACCGUUGAUUCAAGCUGAUCCGCCUUAUAAACCUUUUCGAGAUGCAGGAUAUGCACCAGCAGACUAUGGAAUCUCGAUUCAAGAUUGUGUUUAUGGUCUUUGGAAAGCAAAAGAAGUAGGUAUUCUGAAUAUUAAAAAUCUUGAUUUAGAAGAAUAUGAAACAUAUGAGAGAGUAGAGCAUGGUGAUUUUAAUUGGAUUACACCCCAUUUUAUUGCAUUUGCAAGUCCCGUGCAACCAGGAUAUGUUGUUAAUGGCAAACAAAAAAAUGUAAUUACUCCCACCUUUAUGAGUGUUUUGAAGUAUUUCUCCAGCCAUCGAGUUGGCUUAGUUAUUAGAUUAAAUAAACCUUUGUAUGAUAAACAGCAAUUUGAAAGAUUAGGUGUAGAACAUGUUGAUAUGUUUUUUGAAGAUGGAACAUGUCCUGAUUUAGAAGUGGUACGCAAGUUUUGCGGUUUAGUUGAAGAAAUAUUCGAAAAAGAUCUCGUUGUUGCUGUGCAUUGUAAAGCUGGUCUUGGUCGCACCGGAUGUUUAAUAGGUGCUUAUCUUAUUUAUAAAUAUUCUUUUACCGCAAAUGAAGUGAUUGCAUAUAUGAGAAUUAUGAGACCAGGAAUGGUAGUAGGUCCACAGCAGCAUUGGCUGCAUAUUAAUCAGCACCAUUUCAAGACAUGGACAUUGAGAUCUCUUCCACGAUGGACAAAAGCAACUAAAUUUUCAACUCCACCAAGAAGUCCACUUGGAAAUAUUGAUAAAAAUAAUAGUAUAGAAAAUACCCCACUCCCUGUGCCUACAACUGGUCAGCCUCGAAAAAAUGUGAGCAGUCCAAGACGAAGUUGUAUGAUUAGUCUUGAAGAUAGUUUGCAUGAGGCUUUAACAGAUGAUGCAGAAGAAGAUUCAAUCAUAACAACUGAGAGUCCAUCGAAUAAACAUAGUGAAAGUUGUUUAAUUGAUUCUACCAAUAUUUUGGAGCAUAUACAUAAAGAAAUUUUGAGGCGAAGUAAUCCAUUUAUAACUACUCCUAAAAAGACAGCAAAUACUGGAGAAAAAAAACCGUCUGCCAGUACGAAUAGCAAUCCUGCACCAAAUACAGUAGGUGUUAAUACUGGAAGAAUUGCCAAAACCCGAUCUUCAAAGGGAAGAGUGUAAUAUGUAAUACUGCAUAAGUUAUAUAUUGUUUUAAUGAUUAUGAAA